CACUAAACCCUGGGUCUUGCCUUGUCAGGCAACGCUGUUCCUGGAUCCUCGGGCGCCUGUACUUCCGUCACACCGGCGACCACACGCGCAGGACACUUAACACGCGCAGGUCAGCUAACACGCGCAGGUCACCUGACACGCUCUCUCCAGGACAAACCCCCGCGGGAGUCCCUCUCGUAUCGAUAGGAACGGCUCGGCUGCGCUGUCAACACUGCUGCGCCGUGUGCGGCUGAACAAACGUCGGCUGUCUUAAAGUUGUGGACGGGUCAAACAAACAUGCUGGCACCGCAGGCGGAUCGGGUCAUGGCGCUCGGAGAAUGGGAGGAGCGCUGGGAGGAGGACCGAACAGGCUUCCAUCAGCUUCACGUGCACAAGAUCCUGGAGGACAACAUCGAUAAAGUUCUCUGUGGGCGGACGGGAGUUUGCUUCUUCUUCCCUCUCUGUGGGAAAGCGGUAGAUAUGAAGUGGCUCGCAGACCAGGGCCAUUCCGUGGUUGGAGUGGAGAUAUCUGAGAAGGCCAUCAAACAAUUCUUUGUGGAGAACAACAUGACCUACAAGGAGGAGCCUGUCCCUUCCUUACCCGGAGCCACGGUUUACAAGAGCUCCGAGGGAAACAUCUCCCUGUAUCAAUGUGACCUGUUCACCUUCUCCAGUUCCAUUGAGGGUCAGUUCGGGGCCAUUUGGGACAGAGGGUCUCUCGUGGCCAUCAACCCACGAGACAGAGAAAAGUACGCUGCUCUCAUCACUUCUCUCAUGGCCAAAGACUGCAGAUACCUUUUGGACACUUUUUUGUACAAUCCUGAAUUAUACCAAGGUCCCCCCUUCAUGGUGCCCGACGAGCAGGUGGCCAGCCUGUUUGGGAGCGAGUGUGACGUGGCAGCGCUGCACUCGCACGACGCCCUGACGGAGAGACAGCGAGCCUGGAACCUGGACUACAUGACGGAAAAUGUGCACCUCAUCACCCUCAAGAGCGCUUAGAAACCAGCGUUUAGGGAGCUCGGGAAGGCAGAUUUUGGGGCAUUGCUGAUCCCCUUUUUUUAGGAUUAAACAUCUUUUUGAUACAGUU